CUUCCUUCCAUCAGAAGACGCAGAUUAAACUGGCAUUCUUGCACAGAAACCCCUACAUUUAUCACACAUUUAACCCAUUGUUUUCUAAUAUUUACAAUCAGAUCCCUUGAGUGAGUCAAUAGUCGAUUCUGUUUCAGAAAGAGAAGAAAACUUGAAUUCUUGAAGUGCUCGUAUGGAAAUAAAUGGCGGGAAAAAUACAUAAAUUCAGGACCCAAUUCCCGCCCUCGCCGUCAUCUCCUCCUCCCCUCCCUUCCCAUGGAGGCGGAGCCGCCGCCGGAGAACCGCCACGACGACCACCACCCCUCCACUUCCGGCGGAGGCCUGGGCUACUUCCACCUCCGCCUCCUCUGCCCCGCCGCGCCACUCCUCCUCCUCCUCCGCUCCGACCGCCUCUACUCCCUCUCCCUCUCCCGCCGCCGCGGCCCCCGCCUCCGCCUCCUCGCCUCCCCUCGCCGCCGCCACGGCCGGCGACGGCGGGCCCUCCUCCUCAGCACAUCGGGCUGCGCCCUCCGCCUCACCCACCGCUCCUCCAGCGCCGACGCCGUGCGCGUCAACGGCCGGCCCCUCCUCCGCGGUGGGUGCCCGGCCGAUCUGGCCGUCGGCGACGAGGUCUCGCUACUCCGCCGUGGCACCAGGUAUGGAUUCUUGGUGGAGAAAUUCGUCUCCUGCGAACGGCCCAAAUUGGCGGCGGCGGAGCCCUGCGGGGAGGUUCUUGUGCUGCGGGCCGAGUCGCUCCGGAAGCGGCUGAGGGCGAUCUCGGAGAGUCAUGAUCCUCUCUCUUUCUUGAGGGAUUCACAUUGUGUGGAGAACGGCAGCGAUGAUGUUAGGGUGAAAAAGGCGAGAGAAGAAGAUGUUUUCUUGCCCCUGAACCUGAAUGCUCCAAUUGACCCUGUUGCCGUGGAGGGUUUACUGCGAGAAGACUGUAAUCUUGGCCAGGGGAAAUUGGAGCACUGCACUGAUUCAGCAAUUGCAAAAAAUGAAACUGAUGAAUUGAUUCAACGGAGCAAGGGGUCCUGCGAUGGCAAUACAGAGCAGAAGGAAUACAGCAAUGAGAACACAGAGCAGCAGCACAAUGAGAAUGAGGGUUGCUAUUCAGAUGGGAGCACAUUCUUCCUGAAUCGCCUCAUUGGUAUUGGGUCUGAUAUGAGGGUGGAGCAACGGAGUGGAGUGACACUUCCACAGCUUCUGCAUCCCAUGGAUAGCUUGGAGCGAGUAUUUAUCGCAACAUUCACCUCCGAUGUUUCCUGGUUUCUGGAUUACUGUAAGGUUCCACAGAACCUGCCGGUGACGAUAGCAUGCCACAACAAGGAGAGGUGCUGGAGUGCGAGUCGCGAAAGUAGAACCGCUGCCCCUUUCGGAAGUUAUCCUAACCUACUAUUAGUUUACCCCCAAUUCCCAGAGGAGAUAGCAUUUGGAAAGGAUAGGAAGAAGCAAGGAGUGGCAUGCCACCAUCCAAAGCUCUUAGUGCUACAGAGGAAAGACAGCAUGCGUGUCAUUGUCACUUCAGCUAACUUAGUACCUAGGCAGUGGCAUCUCAUAACAAACACGGUGUGGUGGCAAGAUUUCCCUUGUAGGACAUCCACAGAUUAUUCAGCUCUUUUUAGUAAAGUUGAGGAAUCAAAAUCAGAUUUCGCUACUCAAUUAGUUUCAUUCAUAGCAUUCCUUAUCAAUGAAGUUCCUAGCCAAUCAUAUUGGAUAAAUGAGAUAGCCAAGUAUAAUUUUGAAGGAGCUGCUGGAUACCUCAUUGCUUCCGUUCCAGGGAUAUAUGCACGCAAUCCUCACUAUCUGGAGUCCAAUUAUUGCCUUUCAAGAAAACAGAUAUUACACACCAAAUCGGCACAUAGGAUGUUUCUUGGUUCUGUCCAAACAUCCGUAGUUGGUCUGUCCCAUCGGUUUCAUAUACCAUCUGAUGCUGGUUCUAAACUGAAAGCCCUGUCUGUACUUCUUAGUAAAUGCCAUGUGAACAUGCAUGGAACUACAGAAGUGAUCUUGAAGAGGAAUACAAAUAUACCUGCAGAUGCUAAUGCUGUGAGUGUCCUAGUUGCUGAUCUGGAUAAAUUUACCGAGGAAGAUUCAGUCCAUCUUGGUUUCCUGCCUAGAGAGGUUGCAAAGUGGGUAUCUCCCCUCAGUGACUUGGGGUUCUUCACAUUUUCUGGAUUUAUCUACCCCAGAGAAGCCCUGGAAGCUGCAUAUGGAGCAACUAACACAAAAGUGCAGUUGCUUCUCUAUGUAUCAAAGGGUCCAGAGUUUUCUCAAAUUUCAAGACUGAUCCAGGAUGAACAUUUUCCUCUUCUGUGCUCAUUAGUAGCAUCCUUAAAGCGGUCCCUUGGACUUUGGCGAUUAGAAGAGGUGUUGUCACAUUUCAAAUGGCCUGAAACACUUGAGACUGAUUUUUUCUACAGUGCUUCAUCCAUUGGGACUUCAAUUAAUCCACAAUUCAUUGCAAGCUUUGCUUCAGCAGCUGGUAAACGAUGUAAUCAGGAUUUGGACUCCGAAGAGUCUGAUCCAGAGUGGGGUUGCUGGACAGCAAACCAUGAGCUAAAGAAGCCAUCUAUCAAUUUGUUGUUUCCAACAAUUGACAGAGUGAAAAAUGGGGCUUGUGGAAUUCAGUUAUCCAGGCAUUUGCUUUCUCUUCCUGAGAGAACAUGGCAAAGACUGAGAUCUACUGGCAUAUUUCGUGACGCAAUCCCACAUCCAUACGAGAGGAUAGGGCAUCCUAUGCAUGUCAAGGUUGCCCAGAGACGCUUCGAGUCUCGUCUAGGCAGACACUCAUUCGGCUGGACUUACUGUGGGUCUCACAAUUUCAGUCCAGCAGCCUGGGGACAACAACUUCCUCCACCAAAAGCAAAUCCUACUGAAGCCAGAGCCGUUUCUUCUGGUCCGAGGCUACACAUUUGCAACUAUGAGCUCGGCAUCAUCCUCAUUAUUCCACCAUCUGCCAUGUCAAAGCAGAUCAGUGGAAGGAGGCACGAGAUCAAUGACAUUGUCCUGCCAUUCGUCGUCCCUCCACCGCAAUAUAAGCUGGGCGAUAGGCCUGCGACAUCGUUAGCCAUGCGAGAGGCCAUGGCUGAAGCUAGAAUUCUGCAGAGUAACGAUUUAGUACUGGACUUGUCACAGGAUACAGACGAGGAUAUACCUGAUGAAGAUGAUGAGCAUGUGAUUGAGCUGUCUGAUUGCUCCCCUGAAGAGAAGGAAGAGGAGAAGAUCUACGCAGAGACGCUGUGGGAGCAAGUAGACUCUUCACAAAGACCAGGCUGGCCAGUGAAGUUGAAGUCCAGAUGUUUCGGAUGACAAGUUCCUGUCAUCGCAUCUGAUUUCAAGUGCAGGCAGCCGCACGAGAUCUGACGAUUCUUUCUUACUGAAGAUAUUUGAUUCGAUUGUGAUUUGUUAGAAUUGUAUUUUACAAUGUGUAGUAUGCAUUCGUUGUCAAUCUUUCUUGUAAGUAUCUCAAUACAUCUAUACUUGAACUUCACAGCGUAUAUAGUUGAAGUUUAUUUCAAAAACUUUUAUUGAGCUCUAA